UACUGAUAGGCAGUCGCAAUGCCGCCUGGUUCUCGCUCUCCUCUUUCGGAUGAUCGCUCACGGAGAAGAAAGGGAAGAUCCAAUAGCUCGGACUCUGGGGACAGAAGGCGCCGACAUGGUGGGAAAAGUAGCAGGAGGCAGACAAGACAUUCUUCCAGUUCCGGCAGUGAGGAGAGUCCCAGGAGGAGACGCAGGGAAGGCCGCGGCCGGUCUAGGUCAGAGUCUAGGGAGAGGAAGAAGCAUGGAAAAAAACAGAAGAGCAGAGAUCGAGAGCGCAAAAGUCGGAGAAAGCACAGAUCUCCAUCUGACUCUGAUGACUCCAGUUCUGGGGCUCGCAGCAAAGAGAGGAGGGGGAGGAGAGCUAGGUCUAGGUGUUCAGUGUCCUCUGUCACAUCCCCGUCACCGGCACGAUCACAAAGCCCUGGGGAAAAAGAGGGAGCUCUAAGCAUCCAAGAACGUUUAAAGCAAAAGGAAGAGCAAAAGAAGAAAAGGGAGAUGAUAAAAGCCAUGGAGACUCCAGAAGAAAAGAGAGCCAGGCGCUUAAACAAGAAAGAGGCCAAAGAGAGGAAGACAAGAGAGAAGAUGGGUUGGGGUGAAGAGUAUAUGGGAUACACAAAUACAGACAACCCAUUUGGUGAUAAUAACCUGCUUGGCACUUUCAUCUGGAGCAAGGCACUGGAGAAAAAAGGAAUCAGCCAUCUUGGAGAGAAAUCCCUAAAGGACAGAAAUAAGCAGAUUCAGGAAGACAACCGCUUGGAGCUUCAGAAGGUGAAACAGCUGCGUUUGGAACGUGAACGUGAGAAGGCUAUGAGGGAACAGGAGCUUGAGAUGCUGCAGCGAGAGAAAGAAGCAGAGCAUUUCAAGACUUGGGAAGAGCAAGAGGACAACUUCCAUCUUCAGCAGGCCAAGCUAAGGUCCAAAAUACGCAUCCGGGAUGGUCGAGCUAAACCCAUAGAUCUGUUGGCAAAGUACAUCAGCGCUGAGGAUGAUGAUCUAGCAGUCGAAAUGCAUGAGCCUUACACAUUCCUCACAGGGCUCACUGUUUCUGACUUGGAUGACUUGUUGGAAGAUAUUCAGAUUUACAUGGAGCUGGAGCAAGGAAAGAAUGUAGACUUUUGGAGGGAUAUGACCAUCAUCACAGAGGAUGAAAUUGCUAAGCUGCGAAAGCUUGAGACUUCUGGGAAGGGCCCAGGAGACCGACGUGAAGGAGUGAAUGCCUCUGUUACCACAGAUGUACAGUCUGUGUUUAAAGGGAAGACCUACAACCAAUUACAAAUUAUUUUUCAAGGAAUUGAAAGUAAAAUUAAGGCAGGGGGACCCAACCUGGACAUUGGAUACUGGGAAAGUCUUCUGCAGCAACUGCGUGCUUACAUGGCCAGAGCAAGGCUGCGGGAGCGGCACCAGGAUGUGCUUCGCCAGAAACUAUUCAAGUUAAAGCAGGAGCAAGGUGUAGAGAGUGAGCCGCUGUUCCCUAUCAUAAAGCAGGAGCCAGAUUCUCCUGCUAACAGAAGAGACCAGCAGGAACCUGCAUUAGAGCAGCCUAGCACAUCAGCAUCUGCAGGUACUGAGGAGUCUGGGAACGCACCAGACACUGAAGGAAAAGAGGAAGGUGGUGAAUCUGUUCUGCUGGAGGAAGAUCUCAUCCAACAGAGCCUCAAUGACUACGAUGCUGGAAAAUACAGCCCCAAGCUGCUAACCAAUCAGGAACUUCCAAUUGACGCACAUGUAGUUGACUUUGAAGAGGAUCAGCAGAGACUUGUGCUUUGUAGGCAGCAGCUGCAAGUGACAGGAGAUGCUCUUGAAAGCCCUGAAGACAUAUUUAUCCGGAAGGCAAAGGAGGGUAUGGAUGGAGAUGAAGCUCAGUUCAGUGUGGAGUUUCCCAUGGCUAGUAAAGCAUACUUAUGGGCGGAUAAGUAUAGACCUCGAAAACCUCGUUUUUUCAAUCGUGUUCACACCGGAUUUGAGUGGAACAAGUACAAUCAGACUCACUAUGAUUUUGACAACCCUCCACCAAAAAUUGUUCAGGGCUACAAGUUUAACAUUUUUUAUCCAGAUCUAAUUGACAAGAGGUCUACACCAGAGUAUUUCCUAGAGGCGUGCCAGGAUAACAAAGACUUUGCCAUCUUAAGGUUCCAUGCUGGUCCUCCUUAUGAAGAUAUUGCCUUUAAGAUUGUCAAUCGUGAGUGGGAGUAUUCUCAUCGCCAUGGUUUCCGCUGUCAGUUCUCCAAUGGGAUCUUCCAGUUAUGGUUCCACUUUAAACGAUAUCGCUACAGAAGAUGAUUUACCGUGGCAGAUAAAAUUGGAAACAGUAGACUUCUUAAGCAGAAUAUUUUAUAUGUUAAUAUAUUUUGUUGCUAUUUUUAAUAUUCUGAUUUCUGCUACCUCACUUGGUUAAUGAAACAGAAAAUCCAGAUGUCUCCUGACAGAAUGGUGUUUUUAUAUUCCUUUGAUCUACGACUGGAUUUCUUUAGGACUGUGGCCAUCUGCUUUUUUUCUGUUAGACUGUAAUAUAAGAACUAAACUAUUGAUUUUUUUAAAAAAAACCCAAAACAAAUAAAGAUGGAAUUUAAAUGUG